CGGAAGUCAGUGUCGGAUCUCGCCUCGGAUUGACAACAUAAACAGGAGUGAAAGUGAAGCGACAUGGACCGUUAGAUUCUCUCGGUCAGGCGGCAGGAUGGAGGAGAUGGAGGAGGACGCGCCGGAGCGGAUUGAGGAUGAAAAUCAUAACUGUGGCGCGGAGGGUGUGAGUGUGAGCUCACCUGCGCAGGUGUGUGUGGAUUCAGACUCCAGCAGCGACACCUGUGAGUCCGACAGCUCGGCCUCAUCUGCGGCUAACGGCGCCGCGCUGCUCUUCAGCUCGACCUCCAAGUUCUUCUUGAACGCGAUGACCGCAGAAGAAUACAGGACGGUUUACUGGCCAAAACUAGAGAGAGCCAUUGAACAUCUGCUCACUCAAAGCCCGAUGGAGCACAUCUCAAUCUCAUAUGAACAGAUCUACAGUCAUGUUUAUAAGUGUGUGUGCCAACAGCACUCAGAGCUGCUCUACAAUGACCUGAUGUGGAAGAUCACGUCUCAUCUAGAACAAGUGUCUUCUGAGCUACAGGCCAGUCCACCAGAACAUUUAAUUGAAAACUUUAACCUGGCUCUGACGCAGUACACAGCCGCCCUGCACUGCAUCGUUCCCGUCUUCAUCUAUAUGAACAAGUUCUACAUUGAGACGAAGCUGAACCGAGACCUGCGGGACGAUCUCAUGAAGCUCUUCUCGGAUCACGUCGCAGAGAAACACGUCAGCACGCUACUGCCUCUUCUCAAAAAGGCUCAUUCCAUGCCAUUUCAAGUCAAACCAUCAACUAUGGCAAGUGUUGUGAAAGGCCUUUAUGCCCUCCGGCCAGACUGGGUUCCUCUUGCUCCGGCUCUGUUCUCUAGAUUCAUUCCUCAGAUCGAUGCUCCUGCUCUUGAGUCUCAGCUCCUGUAUUACGCGGCUCAAGAUAAAACACUGCAGAUGGAGCUUUCUCAGAACGGCUUCUCCAGGGGCGAUCAGUCGCGGAAGCGAGCGAGUGAAGAAUCGUGACAGUCAAGUGGAUUUUUACACGACUUCAGUGAGAAGACACAAACACGUCU